CGUCACAUCCUGCGCGGCAGAAACUGAACCGUUCAGAGUUGUCAGCUAGCGAAAAAGUUCGCAUUUAGUUUCGUACUAAUUCAACUUUAGAUCACAUAAUUGAUCUCAUAAAUCGCCUAAAAAUGAAUGCUCAUCUUUAUAUAAGACCACUGUGAUGCUGCCGAAGAUGUUUAGUUGUUAAACUUGAGUGCUGGCGAUCUGGCUAGCCACAUUAGCUGCUAUCUUUAGCAGGAGUAAGACAGCAGUGCAGAUAACUUGCCAGCAAAGUGUAAACCUCGGGAUCCCGUGCGUAUACAUGUGUCACUUGUUAACAGGUAACUAUAUAUUCAGGCUAGCCAAGAUUGUGAUUAAUAAUAACAGAAAUUUGUUUUAGUUAGCUUCAGCUAUUACUCAGCAACAGGGUUCCUCAAUAUGUCUUACCAGCUGACUGCAGAGCAGCAGCGAAAGAUUGAGGAAAACAGACGUAAGGCUUUAGAGCGAAGAGCCCAAAGACUUGGACAAACUAUAAACAGCAAUAAGCAGCCUUUAACUGGCUUCAGUAGCACUUCAGAGCAAGCACAGCUCCCUAAACAGAGUUUUUCCUUGGAGCAACGACCAGUUCAGCAGCAGUCUGGUAAACCCGAUCAAGACAAUCGUAGUAACUCUGCUUCGUCUAGACAGAUAAAAGUCACUGGCCUUCUCCCUCAGACAACUCAGCAGUUGAUCAGCCCUGUCUUAUGUGGAAGUAUCAAGUCAGCUGAGGCCAAAUCUAACCUCGCCUCCAGCAGCUCUGGAGGUGCAGUUAGCUCCUUCUACAAGCAAGCCAGUAAACCUGCACAAGUUCCUACAGCACAGCUUUCUUCAAAUACCAGCACUUCAAAUGCACCACCUGCAAAAAAGCCUGCAAUCUCUGUCAGGGGAAAAUGCGUGUCUCACACAGACAGUCGUUUCAGAGUAGAAGUGGGCUACCAUGCAGAGCUUAUUGCCCUUUUCAAAUCAAUCCCCUCUAAGAGCUAUGAUCCUGCCACAAAGACAUGGAACUUCAGUCUAGAGGAUUACAGACGACUAAUGGAAGAGGCAGCUACCAUUGCCUCUGUGUCUUUGAAGCCUUUGGAUGGAAUGGAGGCGGUGGACGUUGCUGCAGCCGCCAGCCGACCUCGUGACAGUGCAGCAUUGGCUGCAUUGCUGAAACUGUGUAAUGGCUGGCAGAAACCUGCAGCCACUUUGCGGGGGCAGUGCAUCCUAUUGUCUCGGACAAAGUUUGAGGUUGACAUCCUUUACCAUGUUGACGUCAUUGCAGCCUUUAAGCAAAUGCCAACAAAAAACUAUGAUGUGACCACAAGAAAGUGGAGCUUUUCCCUUGAGGAUUACAAGAGACUCAUGGAUCUGCUUAGUGGGAUAGCAGCAGUGGAGGUAGAGCCUCUUCCCAGGGCUGUAAUCCAGGCUUUCUCUGCCAGGUUUGAUGGGACUGAAGCCAGGUCUUUAGAUGUCUCUGAGGCAGACCUCUCCAGCAUCGACCCCACACUCACCUCCAGCCUCAUGCCCUUCCAGAGGGAGGGAGUCAAUUUUGCAGUGUCUAAAAGGGGCCGCAUCCUCCUGGCUGAUGACAUGGGCCUGGGAAAGACGGUGCAAGCCAUCUGUAUAGCAGCGUACUACAGGAAUGAGUGGCCAUUGUUAGUGGUGGCUCCGUCCUCUGUACGGUUCACCUGGGCUGAGGCCUUUCAACGCUGGCUUCCCUCCCUGAGCCCUGACAGUAUCAAUGUGGUGGUAAAGGCCAAAGACAAUCUGCGAUCUGGUUUGGUAAACAUCAUCAGCUAUGACCUGCUGAGCAGGAUGGACAAGCAGUACUCAGCAAACUCCUUCAAUGUUCUCAUUAUGGAUGAGUCUCACUUUCUGAAGAACAUGAAGACUGCUCGUUGCAAAGCAGCCUUGCCUCUGCUGAAGGCAGCAAAGAGGGUGAUUCUUCUUUCUGGGACCCCUGCAAUGUCCAGACCGUGUGAACUCUACACCCAGAUUCUAGCCGUUAAUCCUACACUCUUUCCUCGCUUCCAUGAGUUUGGGAUUCGCUAUUGUGAUGCCAGAGAGAAAACUUGGGGCUGGGACUACUCGGGCUCGUCAAAUCUUAGAGAGUUAAAGCUGUUGUUGGAGGAAUGUUUGAUGUUGCGUCGCCUCAAAUCUGACGUCCUUUCCCAACUUCCUGCUAAGCAACGCAAAGUGGUAACUUUGACCAUAGACGGGAUCAACGCACGCAUGAAAGCUGCUCUGUCAGCUGCAGCAAAGGAGUUGACCAAGAAUCAUCGCAGUAAAAUGGAGGAGAAGCAAGCCCUGCUCGUCUUUUAUAACCACACAGCUGAAGCCAAGCUACAAGCCAUUAUGGAGUACAUCACAGACAUGCUGGAGUGUGGGAGAGAGAAGUUUCUAGUGUUUGCCCAUCAUAAGUUAGUCCUGGAUCAUAUCACCACUGAGCUGGUCAAAAAAAAUGUCAGCUUUAUCCGUAUUGAUGGGGCAACUCCGUCAGCGGAGCGACAACAGCUGUGUGAAAAGUUUCAGUACUCCGCCCAGAGCUGUGUGGCUGUACUGUCCAUCACUGCAGCUAAUAUGGGUGUCACCCUGCACUCUGCAGACCUGGUGAUCUUUGCUGAGCUUUUCUGGAAUCCCGGGGUUCUCAUUCAGGCAGAGGAUAGGGUUCAUCGUAUUGGACAAACCAGUAAUGUGAACAUUCACUACCUGGUAGCCAAGGGAACUGCUGAUGAUCAUCUGUGGCCAAUGAUCCAGGCAAAAAUGAAUGUCCUGGAGAAAGUGGGACUGUCUGAGUCAAACCUCUCAGACAAUGCUGUGAACGCAAGCUUCCACUCAAAGGAUCCCAACCACGAGAGCAUCAUGGAGAUGUUUCAGAGAUCUUUCUCUGCAGAUGAUGACAUGGACGAAGCCACCUUAAUGGAGGCUGCAGACGACUGGGAGGACACUCCGCCUGAAAAUGUGCCUGCUCAGCACAACACUACCAAAACAGUCAGCCAAAGCCCGAGCAAAAAGACCCUGAAAGACUAUUUUAGUAGAUGACUUGAAAAAGUUACAUUAAGAAAUUAGAUUAACGCCAUUUUUGUUUCUUUAUUGGAGUAGGCCCUUCCAUCAUCACUGAAUUGCAUUAACAUAUACUUCAGUUGUUUUGUGUACGUGUAUAUUUGUGUGUGUAGGAGGUAGGACAGGAAGGUAGGGGAACUGGAGCUGGGCCUAAGUCGCAUUGUAACCAUUUUAGUAAUAAAUUAACCAUUUACAUUCUCAGACACUUGACAAUAACGCAAUGUUUUAGGAAUUAUCAGAUGAUUCUGUGAACAGAGACUAAUCAUCUGAGCUUUUUGGUGAUUAUGUGAGUCUGAUUUUAGUUGUUUAGCUUACAGCUGCUUGUGCAUGCCAAGGCAGACAUCAAACUAGCUGUAUAAGUAUUUGACUUUCUUCCUACAAGUACUUCAUCAAUGCAAUACCUUUUAACAAAAUCCACAAAAGGCAUCAACGUCUUUAUGUUUCUUAUUUAUUGCAUGAUUCAUAAAAUGAGAGGCACGUGUUUCCAUAAUUAUUGACGUUCCAAGUCUUCUGAUUCAGUUAGUGAUUUGGUCAUCACUCCUUCCUGUUACUGGACUGUAAGGAUUUGAAUGAUGUGGAUUGUCUGUAAAACAAAGGAAAAUAAAGUUGGCUCCUUUGAAUGUUGCUGUUGUUAACUAACACCACAGCUUUAUUGUACAGUAGUGGCCUACAGUCACUCAGAAAAGGGUUGAAGAGUUGAAUGAUUCUAUUUUUAAGUCACACAGACACAUUUAUGCUGCAGUUUUCCUCCAGAUUUAAUAAAGUUUGACUUUAUUAGUCUUUGUAGCCUGUAGAAGCUACUCUAGCUGCUGCUCGUCACAACAUGAAUAUAAGUGCUGAUCUAAUCUGUUGAUAUUUUGAUAUUAUCUGUAUAGACAUGUCACUUCAGAGGCAUGCAAACAGAACUUGUUUUCUGUUAAGGUAUUUUUUUU